UGCCGCUGUUCUUGUGUGCAGCAGCUGACUGACAUUAUAACUGGGGAUGUUCACUGCCACUUUUUUCAGACCGAAACAAGUUCAAGUAUUCUCUCUUUGAGUACUCACUGACACAGAAUACUAUUUUUACUUGUCCUUGAACAAAAAACUUUCUUUCUGACACAGAUAAUGAUUUGCAGAUGUGUCAAACUGCCGCAGUACAGCAUGCAGAGGAGUAUUUACUCACUGUCAGAUUUUUUUUAUUUAUUAUAUAUAUAUAUAUAUAUAUAUAUAUUUUUUUUUUUUGCGUUAAUGGCUAGGCCGUGAUCAUGUAGUGGUUAGUACACUUGGCUGUGGCCACAGCAAUCCUGGUUCGAAUCCUUGUCAAAGCAUGUGCGAAGAGCAUACUUAACUUCGACCCGGUGAUCAGUGGUUGGCGCGUCGACCUCACAGUGCAGAGGUACCGGGUUCAAUUCCAGCUCUGGCCUCCCUGUGUGGAGUCUGCAUGUUCUCCCCGGGCCUCCGUGGGUUUCCUCCCACAUUCCAAAACCAUGCAUCGCAGGCUGAUUGGACACUCUAAAUUGUCCCCAGGUGUGACUGUGAGCAUCGGACGGUUGUUUGUCUCUGUGUGCCCUGCGAUUGGCUGGAUACCGGUUCAGGGUGUCCGCCGCCUACUGCCCGAAGACAGUUGGGAUAGGCUCCAGCGCCUCCCGCAACACUUGUGAGGAUAAGCGGAUCGGAAAAUGGAUGGAUGGAUGGCAUUCAUGGCUGAUGAUGGUUGGUAUCUGCAGCCUCCAUGAGUACCAAUUCCAACACCUGGUACGAUCCGUGCCUGGCCCAAAAGUUCUUUCGGUGCCCUCCGCUGCCUGACACCAGCGUGAUCAUCGUGUUCCACAACGAGGCCUGGUCGACGCUGCUCCGAACGGUCUUCAGUGUUUUACACACGUCACCCGCCUUCCUGCUCAAAGAAAUCAUCCUAGUGGACGAUGCCAGCACUGAAGAGUACCUGCAGAAGCAACUGGAGGAAUUUGUCCGUGAACUGAAGAUUGUCCGCGUGAUGAGGCAGCGGGAGAGGAAGGGACUGGUCGCAGCCCGACUGCUGGGCGCCAGCGUCGCACAAGGCCAAGUCCUCACCUUCCUUGAUGCGCACUGUGAGUGUUUCCACGGUUGGCUGGAGCCACUAAUAAGCCGCAUUGCGGAAGAACCGACCGCGGUGGUCAGUCCGCGCAUCGUCACAAUUGACCUCAACACCUUCCAGUUGAGAAAGCCUGUGGCCAACCAGCUUUACAACAAUCGAGGGUCCUUUGACUGGGCCCUGACGUUUAUCUGGGAGCCCAUCCCCAAACACAUCUUCAAUCUGCGCAAAAACGAAACCCAUCCGAUCAAAACGCCCACUUUUGCCGGAGGUCUCUUUUCCAUAUCAAAGAGCUACUUUGAACACAUUGGAACAUAUGAUGACCAGAUGGAGAUUUGGGGUGGUGAGAAUGUUGAGAUGUCCUUCCGGGUGUGGCAGUGCGGCGGUCAGCUGGAGAUCCUUCCUUGUUCGGUGGUGGGCCACGUCUUCCGCACCAAGAGUCCACACACUUUUCCCAAAGGCACUGAGGUCAUUACUCGCAACCAAGUGCGCCUGGCUGAGGUCUGGAUGGAUGACUACAAAAUGAUCUUCUAUCAUCGCAACAAUAAGGCCAGCGCCAUGGCCAAUGAGCUCUCGUAUGGGGACAUCUCCGAUCGUCGGAAACUGAGAGAGAACUUAAACUGCAAAAACUUCUCCUGGUAUUUAAACACCAUCUACCCUGAGAUGUUCGUUCCUGAAUUUAAACCAUUAAAAUUCGGACCAAUAAGGAAUGUCGGAUCUAAAAUGUGCUUGGACGUUGGUGAUAAGAACGCAGAGGGGAGACCUGUUAUCAUUUACCAGUGUCACAACCAGGGAGGCAACCAAUAUUUUGAGUAUACGUCCAACAAGGAGCUGCGUCAUAACAUUGCCAAGGAGCUGUGUCUCCAGGCGGAGACUAAUCCACAGCCGGUGAGGAUGCAAGUAUGUGCGCUGAAAAAAGGGGAGUCAAGGCCAUCACCACAUCAGGAGUGGAUCUUCACACAGGAAAAUCUCCUGAAGAAUCCCAGCAGUGGGAAAUGUUUACAUGUGAAGGAAAAGGUCAUUCUGAUGGAUGAUUGUAAUGCGUGGAAUGACUACCAGCGCUGGAGCUUCAGCUGACAUCCUUUGGCCCCCGUUUAGGGCAUUUGGCCAGCCCAACCGGACGGAGGAGGCUUUGGCACGAAACCGGGACAAAUUCACCCACUUGGAUUGGCGUUCAUUGCUUUAACCCUUUCAUGCACCCUAGUGUAACCUGAUAACAAUGAUAAACUGUCCACUGAGGUAACCGCUGUCCCUGAAAGGGUUAAAGCUAAUCCAAGUGGAAAGUCCGGUUUGAAUGGCUUGAAGGUGGUCGUCUGAGCCGAUGUGAGCACUGACAUUCAAUGCGCAAGUCUCACAGAGUCUGUUUUUACGUGAAUUUUACACUUGAGACUUCCUCAGGUGAUGGUGGACGAGGUGGUGGUAGUAACGAUCAGAGUGCAAUAAAUGAAGCAAAAUACUCAAAUAGCUGAGCUCUUAAAACUUUGGCCAGAGGACACGGCCUUGCUAGUGGUGUGAUUUUAACAUUCAGAUAGAGAAUGUUGAGAUGAGGCUUUUUACAUUUCACAACAAAAAUGUAAAAGUGGAAAUAAAUAGGUUCAUAUGGUUGUUGCUUUUGGGCAAGAAAUAGUCACGUAAAAGUGUGUUCAAGGAGUCAAAUUAAGACUUUAACGUCCACUAAAGUGUUCAUAGUUUUGGGAAAAACUAUAUGAAAUAACUAUGAAGCUUUUUUUACAGGCGUGUCUAUGAAAAUGGCUUGACUAUUUAACAAGGUGUGUGCCAUUUUUUUUGUCAGAGUUAAUGAUUGCCCUUUCAUGAUGAAAGCCUUUCUUUAGAAAAUCAAAUCUUUAAGGAUCAGUGUGCACAAUGUAGAAAUUGUUUAGUUAAAUGAUAAAUUAAUAUUCCUAGAAUACAAUGUGUAUUGAGCAACUGAACCAUUUGGGGUGGGAGGACAAUCCUAGUAUUUGUGACAACUGGUAUUGGAAACUUCACGUGUCAAAAUAGAGUAUUUGUAAAUCUCAGAUUCCUACGAGCCACACGCAAGCAUUUGCUGUUUGCCUUCUUUACAUAUUACCAACCCUCAACUGUCACUAAGGCAAACGACCGGUUCAGGGGCUUGACUAGAUGUAUGCUCAGCAAUUGUGCAGGGCAAAAGACAUUCCUGACAAUUAUGUCAAGUAAAGGUGUUGCAGAACCUGAUCUGAGAAAACAGUGGAUAUCCAUCCUGCUUGGCGGGUGGAAUAAAGAGCAGCUGUGAUGAGUAACCAUAAGUCAAACAAAUGUAGCUUCGUGCUCUGAUUUCAUUCUAAUCAAACUGACAGUCAAAUGUCAAACAUCCACAAGGGUAUAGCGUAAGAUGCAGGAAGGUGAUGACUGCGCCCCUGAAAAUAGUAAUCUUGCAGCAUGACCAGAGUGGGGCCAAAGGUCAUGCUGUUAUUUUUGUAAAACAUUCAAAAUACACUGCACAAACAAUUGUAGAAAGUGUGUGUGUGGGGAGGGGGGCUAAAUGGGGUGAAUUAUGUUUUAUCAUAACUGGGGAGAAUUGUAUCAGAAUUAGAAAGAAUACAAUCAUGUUGUUUUUUACUUGAAGUGAAUCAUAGCCCCUUGUAAUCGGAGUGACUAGGGUUUUUUUUUUUUAGGGGGAGUGAAGGGAAUAAAAGGAGUAAGUUAUAUUUUAUACUUGAAGUGUUGCAUUAUAAUCGGAGUUUCCCGUCAUAGAGUAUCGCAUCAUAUAUGGAGUGAGGUUUACCUGGUGCUUUAAAGAGGGGCGGGGCUGCCACUGACAGGUGACCUUUCGCUCUACGUAUAAAAAGCGGCAUCGCAGUUUGUAUCGUUUGAUAAAACACUCACUUCGUCGUAAGCAUGGCCCAAUGGUUGUGUCCGCUUUUCUUUAUCAGAUAUGUAGUUAUCUUUUAGAUUCAAUCGUGCACGCUCGCUUUGUUUGCUUUGUCAUGGGUCCGUUGUGCUUUAUGUUUGCGCAUCGCAAUCACAGUCAGUUACUGUUCGCAAUAUUUAGUUAAAUAUUUUAUUUAUUUAUUUAUUUUGCAUAGUUGUCUUGUUCGUCCGGUUGCACUGGAAUGUUUAAACUGAGUAAUUUGCGUUACGGCUGGAGUAAUCAUGCCAGUGCGCCACUUCCGGGUUUGACCGCAGGGACUUGUAGUCCUUUUUUUCCCGCUUGGUGUGUUUCUGUUGUAUGGUUUCUUACGUUUAAACUAUGAACAAUGAUGACAAUAAUAAUGCAUAGUGUAAAAUUUUGAUUGAUUAAAUUAUUUAUUAAAAUUAUUGUGAAGAUGAAGGUAUUAAAUUAAUUAAUGUCAAUUAUAUACAUAUAUAUUAUGAUGCAUAGAUUCAUUUUGUUGCAUUUAUGUGUAAUUUAGGUUAUUACCUGCUGCUGCCUCUGCUUCUGCUACUCUGUUGCUACUGCUUCAAUAAAUGACCAAAAAAGUACAAA